UCUCUCCGCAAGAUCAGUCUGCCAAAGAAGCGAGAUGGCACGCCUAUCUUCCAUUCCCGUCUCCCUCCUGCUGCUAGCUAGCCUCGCCUCCGCCGCCGCCUCGGCAGCAGCCGUGGGUCAAGAGGAAGGAGGCAUCAAGAUCCGCGUGCGGUAUCCAACCAAGGAGCAGUCGCGGUGGCUGAACCGCUGGGCGGAGAAGCAUCAGGCUCAAGGAUCCGGCGAAGGCUUCAGGAUCCGGCCGGCCACCGACGAGGAGUCGGCGUUUCUGAACCGCAUGUCAGCCCGCGGUGCGGAGAAAACCGGCGGCCGAGCCGGCUACGACGGCCGCAUCGAGUUUGGCGCUGACCAUCCUUUUGGAAGAAUCGUUGAGGAUGCCUUCCACUCUCGAGCUCACACGUCCAAGGCGAACGAUGAGCUUUAGGAGCAUUGGUGCCUAACCGGCGAGGCCAUGGAUGGCCUCGUGUCCUUGUCGAUGAACGGAAUUGAUAAGGGAGGAUGGCAGCAAGGAGUGGCUGUCGUGUAUCACUAGCCUGUUUUAGUAGCUUGUUUUUUCUUUUCUAAUCUGUUUUAGUAGCUUGUUAUGGCGUCGAGGCCAGUAAGGUUCGUCCUCGGAGAUGUUAUCGAAUUCAUCAUCUACUAGUUGCAGUGAUUGUGGUUUA